UUAUAGCGGGUCGUCUACAAGUUGGCAGGCGGCGAGUCUGGCUCUUUAAAACUUUUAAAUUGAAAAGAGUUGGGACAGACAGUUGGGUCUCUCGUAGUUUCUUGAGCGUAAUUUCCUGCCGCUGCCCCCCAAAGUCUAAUUUUGGACUCCUCACAUUAGCGCUCGGCAUUAUUUGGGGAGAUUUUUCUUAUCUCUAUUUCUGCCGUCACACACCGCGCACCUUGAGCUCGUCGGCCGCUCGCUCGAGUCGCUAGAAAAGCAAAUUGAACACGCGCCGAGUAAAUUUUUCAGUUUUCGAUCUUUGAUAGCUACACAGCACACGAGAGCACAAGAUGAGGGAAAUUCUGCAUCUCCAGGCCGGACAGUGUGGUAACCAGAUUGGUUGCAAGUUUUGGGAAAUUAUUUCCGACGAGCAUGGAAUUGACCCCGUUGGACAGUACCAUGGGAACAGCGACCUGCAGCUGGACCGAAUCAGCGUCUACUAUAACGAGGCGUCCAACGGCAAUUACGUGCCUCGAGCCGUCUUGGUUGACUUGGAGCCCGGCACCAUGGACUCGGCCCGAAGUGGACCUUUCGGUACCAUCUUCAGGCCAGACAACUUCGUGUUUGGCCAAUCAGGCGCAGGAAAUAACUGGGCAAAGGGUCACUACACCGAGGGUGCAGAACUGAUUGACCAAGUCAUGGACGUAACCAGGAGGGAGGCUGAAGGCUGCGAUUGUCUGCAAGGUUUCCAACUGACGCACUCCCUAGGAGGUGGCACUGGCAGUGGUCUUGGCACCCUUCUUCUUGCAAAAAUUAGGGAAGAAUAUCCGGAUAGAAUAAUGAAAACUUACAGCGUCAUUCCAUCGCCAAAGGUUUCCGAAACAGUAGUUGAACCGUACAACGCCACGCUAUCUGUUCACCAACUGACAGAAAACACCGAUGAGACCUUCUGCAUCGAUAACGAGGCGCUCUAUGACAUCUGCUUCAGGACCCUGAAGCUGACAUCUCCGACCUACGGAGACUUGAACCACCUAGUUUCCAUCACCAUGUCAGGCGUUACGACUUGUCUCAGGUUCCCAGGUCAAUUGAACGCCGACCUAAGAAAACUGGCCGUCAAUAUGGUGCCAUUCCCAAGACUGCACUUCUUCAUGCCUGGAUUCGCCCCUCUCACAGCCAGGGCGUCGCAGGGAUACAGAGCCCUCACUGUGCCCGAACUCACCGCUCAGAUGUUUGAUGCCAAGAACAUGAUGGCUGCGUGCGACCCCAGACACGGACGGUACCUGACUGUGGCCACGAUUUUCCGUGGUAAAAUGUCCAUGAAGGAGGUUGACGAACAAAUGCUCUCAAUGCAGAGCAAGCAAUCUGCAUACUUUGUCGAGUGGAUCCCGAACAAUGUAAAGGUGGCCGUGUGCGACAUUCCACCCAGAGGACUGAAGAUGUCCGCGACCUUCAUCGGCAACACGACGGCCAUCCAGGAGAUUUUCAAACGCAUCUCCGAGCAGUUCACUGCCAUGUUCCGCCGCAAAGCCUUCCUCCACUGGUACACUGGUGAGGGCAUGGACGAAAUGGAAUUCACUGAGGCUGAGAGCAACAUGAAUGACUUGGUCUCGGAAUACCAACAGUAUCAGGAGGUUGGAGCCUUUGAGGAAAAUGAAUAUGACGAAGAAGAGGAACAAGCUGUGCAAGAGGCUGAGUAAAACUAGUGCCACUUUGCAAAAUAUACUACAAUUACCACGAAGCAUUAAUCCACGAGCAAUGUAUCUUUUUUUUUGAAAAUUCUUAUUCGAGAUGUUUAUUAGAUUUGAUUCUAAAAUUUUGACUGGAUAAUUACGUCUUUAUUAUGAAGAAAAUACUUUGAGCCAUAUAUAAUGUAAUUUCAACAGGAGUUGUAAUACUUUUUCGACAAAAUAAAAUUUUAUUUAUUGUAA